AUGGGCAGAACGGAUCUUUUGACCGAAUCGGUUCUUUUGGAUCAGUACCGUGAGAUGAUUCGUUCAGAACGAUUCGUUCAUCUCGGUCAAUUCGUUCUUUUCUGUGUAUGGGAUCUGGCUCUUUUAUCAGGUGUCGUAACUCGUUCAUCCUUGAGUAUUACGUACGUGUUUUUGUAUUUGAAUUUGAACAUUGCUUUCCGUAGCCAGUGAAUCACAGUUGCGUAUAUGAAACAAGAUUAUUUAUAUUUUAUUACUUUUUAAGUUACAAAUAUUAAUAUAUAUGCUAUUUACACUCUAGUGACAGUAAAGUGUUUACAUGUAGACCAACACAUUUAGAGAAAAAAGACAAAAAUUUAAUACUACUGCAAUUCAGUAUGAAGAGAAACAAAUGAAGUACAUUAAUUAACCCAAAAAUGGUAAGUGUGAACAUUUGUAGUUACUUUCCCUGUUAUUUUUUAAUUCAUACGGUUUUUUUUUGUUUUUUUAGUUUUUUAUUUCCAAAUUUGUGUAUGUGAAUGUGAAAAAGCAAUUUUAAACCACUACUUAACAGUUGACAUUUUCAGGUAUAGAUACUUUUCAUGUUACCCUAUUUUAUUUGAUCAGUUAUCGUUUGCUCUUGUGAACAUGCGCACGCUGUGAUUACUAAUUCUUCAGACUCUGACGUCAUGAAUCAUUUUACGAACGAAUCAGACCGGGCGCGUGACCGGUUCUCUCAUCUCGUUCUCUCGUUCUCUCGUUCUCUCCGCGUUUUCGUUCUUCCGAAUCUUUCAAGGUACCGGCUCUCAAAGAGCCGGUUCUUUACAUCGCGAACGAAUCGCAAGAUUUCGUUCUCUCAAAGAUUCGUUCUUUUUGAACGAAUCGUUAACGAACGACCCAUCACUAUGGUGACGGGGAAACUAUGAUCGUAGUGUGUAAGAGGUUAAAAUUUAUAGUAUAUGAGUAUUUUUCACAGUAGGGUGUAUCUGCUUUACAAGUAUUGCAAAUAUAUACAUUCUAUUUUUUAACGCUGUUAUGAUUUACGUACUUAAUAUGCGUUUACAUUAAAUUUAAAUAAUGAUACUUUGCCUUGGACCUACAGGUGCUGGAAAAACAUUGCUACUUAAAAGGCUUCAGGGUAAAGAAAUCGUUGAUGUAACUUCUAGCACUGUUCCAACGGUUGGAACCACCCUCACAAACGUUAGGUUUGGAAACAAUAAAGAAGUAACAAUUCGAGAAGUCGGAGGUGCGAUGGCCCCGAUUUGGAAUAAUUAUUUUGCAGGAGUGAAAAAAAUUAUUUACGUAGUUGAUGCAAGUAAUCUCUGUCAAAUAGCUGCAGCUGGAAUUUUACUGUACACAAUACUUGCAGAUCCUACAGUUCAAAACGCUAAGGUGCUCCUGGUGCUAUCUAAGAUGGACGCCUCGUAUCGCCAGAUGAGGAACGAGGCCCUCCUCAUGCUACAACUGUCCCGUCUGCAGCGCGAGAUCUCCCAAGUGGUGACGGUCGUCGAGACGAGUGCCGUGACUGGGGCCGGCACCGACAAGGUGCUCAAGUGGAUACAAGGGGCUCUGCCCUCCGCCAGCACCAGCAAGUGACUAGCACUUUCCAUCAUCACGUGCAGUUUUCACUUUACUAAAUAUAGCUGUGGUUACACUUCGGUAGAUCUAUUUAAUAUUAGGUCAUUAUGAAAAAGACAGAGUUCGCAAAUAUUGUACUGUAAUCUUCCCAUGAACUAUGUAAUUGACUGAGUUCUUCUUAAGUAUCUUGGGGCCCAGCUUACAGCUUGAUUGUUUGUAACAACUUAUAUACAAAAAUCUCUAUAGUUAUUCGUGCAUUUCAAAAACAGUAGCCACGUCUUUUUGCUGGCCAAUGAUGCGAGGUCUGUGUGUGUGUUGUACAUGAACAUACAUAUAUACUAUUACCUCACACUUGUGACACUUUUGUAGCAUGAUAACUACUACAAUGUGUAACUAUACAUAGAUAUAAUGUACCGUACUUCUGUGGAUAGGUGUACUAUAAAUAUGAAAUAGUGAUUCACGUUUUUGAAUUUAAUUAUAAUAUUUCUACCUACUAUUAUUCAUUAUGUGAAUUAUUAUUUCUAAUAUAUCUGUGAUACUUGACCAAAAUAUUUGGUUGACAAUUAAAUACAGCAGUGUAAUUGAUAUACCAUAGACAAUAGAAAUGUAAAUCAAUUUCAAUAGUGUUAUAUUGCUUCUAAUAUCCAAUUAUACACAAUUACUUUUAAGCAUAAACGGCUAAUCAUAUACAUAUUUACAAAAAUACCUACCACACGUAUUAACUAUGUCAACCUUAGUAAAACAAAAUAGGUGUUUUAAAUUAAAGAACAUAUUCCAAACAUAACUAGUUAAAAUUUCUUUCAAUUUUCUGAAACAGUUUUAUAAAUUUGUCUUUAAAAUGUAUUUUGGCACAAUUCAAUUAAUUCUUUUGAUAUAGUCAAUUUCGUUAUUUUGAUUAAAUGUUCUCGGAUAGUAUUGAGCAAAUGAGUAAAAAUCUUUGUAUCUCUCGCUGGGAAUUAGAAAUCUACCAAUAAGUUUAUGAAAAUUCAAUAUUUCAAAAGUUAAACAAUAGUUGAAAGCUUUACAGAAGCUUCUAUAAUGGACAACAAAGUUUUACAGUUAGUUUCACUACUGAAAAGGUUGCACUCACCAGUUUCUUGUUGUUUCAUACUGCAAACUGAAGUUUGUACAAACUAUAAUACACAAUUUCUUGUUCCAUCUACAGUUGAUGCAUUAUAGAUUAUAGGCAUAAAUUUGGCUAUCUGAAAUAUGCCCAGUAGUCUAAUAUUCAUCACUUAAAUUCAUUCUAUAAGAUUAGUCUAUUCAACACAAAACCAACAUGGCCUAUUCGUUCCUUCUAUUAAUCUCCACCUCCUUCUUAGAUUAUAAUUUACAUUUUGAUAACCAUAAACAGAUUAGCCUUACUCUAUUCAAACAUCGAGUUGGCCAAGUGCACACACAAUCCGUGGGUUGUAACGAUGCUCGAGGUUAACAAUUCUGAUAUGACAAUCCAACAUUUAACUUAAAACAAAUGUACAGCAUGAUGAUCCAAAGUGAUGGUAAAUACAUCAGAGAGGAACAGAGAGGCAGGUGUGCCCUGAAGUGCAAAAGAGGCAGAAAUGGUAGUUCCCCGCCAAGUGUAGGAACUCAAGGACAAAUGUAUCUUUAAAAUUGGAAAGAGAGAAGGGAAAGCCCCUAGUUAUACAUGUAGAGUUUUUUCAUGUCUUGUAACUUGUGCUUUGAUUGGCUGAUUUUGAAAACUGUGUCUUAAACUUGUAUAUGAUUGGUUGUUGAGGAGACAUUACUAUCUCCCUCCGUGGAUGGAGGUAUCAGGUUUGUCAUUAGUCAUAUUGUAGUUGAGGUACCGAAUGGUCGCAGUCAGAGAUAACUCGAAAAAUAAAAUAAUUAUGUAGUUUAAAAGCUUAUAUUCGUGGCUGCGGUCUGGGCGCCGCCGAUUAAUGAACAUUUUUGGACAUAUUAUUUAGAAUUCAUUGACUGUAGUCCUCAGUGGUAAGCCCAUAACGAGGAAAACAAGAAUCGUUUCGUCGUUUUCCAUAUUCCUUGUUCCUUGGUUUGUACCAUGAGUUCGUGUGAAAUCAUGGGAUUUAAUAGCAGUAAUAAAUAACCUUUUCAUAUGACAUUUUGGUGCCAUUUUAAAGUAAAUUGUCUUUCUGGAAGCAACGAAGAUGGCGGCCUUUGUGCUAAUGUGAUUUUUCUGUAAAGGGUAAUAAAAUGCAGUAAAAAUCAGUCAUUGUUCACAA